UGCGCCCUGAAGGCAGCGCGGCGCUCCGCUGCCAUAUUGUUGUUGUAUUUGCGGGGCAGAGUUUCCAGCUGCUGUCUGCGGGUCUGCGGGUCUGCGGGUCUCUGAGGGGGGGAGCCACUGCGUUACUCACAUUACCUGGAAUACAACGGAGCUUCCAGCCACUGCUGCAGUUAUCGGACAGCGACAGGAGCCGUCGGGUGAGGUGAAGAUGGUGGACCGGCUUGCGAACAGCGAGGCCAACUCCAAACGGAUCGCAGUGGUGGAGGGCUGCUUCGGCGCUGCAGGCCAGCCGCUGGCCAUCCCAGGCCGCGUGCUGAUCGGCGAGGGCGUCCUCACCAAACUCUGCCGCAAGAAGCCCAAGGCGCGCCAGUUCUUCCUCUUCAACGACAUCCUGGUCUACGGAAACAUCGUCAUCCAGAAGAAGAAGUACAACAAGCAGCACAUCAUCCCGCUGGAGAGCGUCACCAUCGACACGGUGCCGGACGAGGGUGACCUGCGCAACGGCUGGCUCAUCAAGACGCCCACCAAGUCCUUCGCCGUCUAUGCCGCCACUGCCACCGAGAAGUCCGAGUGGAUGAGCCACAUAGGGAAGUGCGUGGGAGACUUGCUGCAGAAGAGCGGCAAGGCCCCGACGGGCGAACACGCCGCCGUCUGGGUCCCCGACUCGGAGGCGACGGUUUGUAUGCGCUGCCAGAAGGUGAAGUUCACGCCGGUCAGCCGCCGCCACCACUGCAGGAAGUGUGGCUACGUGGUUUGUGGGCCGUGCUCAGAGAAGAAGUACCUCCUGCCCAGCCAGUCGUCCAAACCCGUUCGCGUCUGCGAGUAUUGCUUCGUGCAGCUGACAUCAGGAGGCCUCGGGCCGCGCUCGGACUCCAUCGGCCGGCCAGUGUCAAAGUUCAACAGCAACAACCUGUCGGACGAUGACGACGAAGACGACAGCAGUGACUGAGGAACGAACCGUCCUCCCGACGGCCUCUCGUCCCCACGUCGAGGAGGAAAUAGUUCUUUUAUUGUGUUGUUUCUUUCUCCUCCCAGAUGAUCCAAUCACGCUCCUCCGUGAGAUGAAUUCCACCUCUGAGGAUUAAUUCAUUCAUUCACUUUGGAGUUCCAGUCUCAAACCAAAAUAUUGUAUUUUUUCCUCUGAUUCCAGCAGGGAUAAAUGUUUUUAUGAACACAAGUGAUUAAACAAUGAAAUGUGGAAUUAACGGGGGCGACCAGCAGAACUCUGGGGGAAAAAAGUCAGACUCAUUCGCCGCUUCCACUCUGCUCAGUCCGCCCCGUCUCUCUUGACUUUUAAUUAGGCUGCAAUUAGUCACUACAGAACACAAUGGUGCUAAUGAGAAACACCCUCUGUCCUCCUCCUAAGUUAAUCUCAUCUAAGAGGCUUCUUCUUCUUCUGUUUUUUUUCUUUGCAUUUUAUGUCCAUGAACUACACAAGGUGAUUGCUUGUCAUUUCUGCAGGGAAAAGCAAAUGUUUGGGCUCUAACCUUUAUCUCCUCUGUCCUUCAGGUAUCACACCAAACGGGGCUUUUUUAUAACAGAAGUUUGGUAUUUUUCUGCCCUAUUUUGUAAACUUGUUGAAGCUGAAGCAAAGAUCCCUUUUUAUAAAUAACAAAAUGUAGAUAUUACGCUUAACCCAGAGCUUUUUCUAGUUGACCUAAUAAUAUAGUUGCUUCUGACAAAUCAGCUGAAGCUUGUCUCGCAGUGUGUGUGUCUGUCUCUGCUAACACACUUUUGUGAGUUUAGUUUCUUAGCGGCUUAAAAAGAAAUAACUCUACCUUUUGCCUAUACGGUCACAUAGUGCCUUGUAGGAAAUGGAGCUCGGCCUUCGGUAGGAGAAAGGUUAUUUGUUAAUGAAUCCAGGCUGCAAAAAAGCAGGCACUUCGCUAUAGGUUGCCUCUGAAACACAUUACACAGGAUGGAGUUGUUGUGCGGUUUGGUGCGUGUUUGCAGUUAACAGAAGAGCAGAGAGAUUACCGACCCGAACACACAGGAAGAGUCCAAAGCAGACUAUUCCUGGAAAGUGUGUUUCCUACCACACCGUUGAAACAGCCAUCAGUCAGUGACGCUCAAACUGGAAUAUGUUUGAGUUGUUGCGUUAGCGUGCAGAUUGAGCUGCUUUUUGUUCCGCUCUGAGAACUUAACAACCCGUAAUCUGGAUCUUCCCCCCGACCUGAACCUGGUUCUAGUCCCUGCCUUGGGUUUCCAUUGUUUUACAUCCCUGAACAUUUUGGAUAAAUGGAUAAAUGUCUUUAAAAACAUCUGUAUGAUAAGAUUUUCUUUUUAAAAUGUCAGUACCAUUAGUUGAUAAAAGGUCCGGGGCUGCAACUAACAAUUAUUUUCUAACAAAAACAGAAAAUCGUCACAUUUGAGAAAGUUAAAUCCGACGAUUUGGACAUAUUUCUGACUCAAAAAGAUGAAUGGGUUAUCAAAAUGUUUGCAAAUUACUUUAAUAGUUACUAAUCGACUAAUCGCUGCAGCUGUAGAGGUCGACCGAAUGGAGCAUAGAGAGACAAAAACAGAAGACCAGCCUGUCCAACCUCCCGCUGCCUACGCUGGAAUUAUUCUUCUCCGAUAAGAUGUGUGUAAAGGUAGACCACCGAGGAGCCAACGCACACACACACCUUCCAAAUGUCAGCCACGCGUCACGCGGACCCGCACUGCGAGCGAGGUUGAUUCAGCUCCGGUCGGGAGGACCGCUGAGUCAACGUUAAGUUAACGUUGUAAAUACGAGUAUAAAAACAAACAGCCUCGGCUCUGAUGGACCACCGUGUACAUUCGCCUACGUGCAGCCCGCAGAGAGUCUAUACGACCCAAACAUUAAUGGGAAACUGCACAACAAAUAACAUAACAAGGCUGCAAAACACAGGUCAGGUAUUGAGAAUAUUGUGGCUACGGGUUGUUGAAGUUCCUCUGAUGGAAGAAGUUUCCUCCCUCUUGAACUGAACGUUUCCACAAAACUGCAGAUGCGUGAAAUAUUUGCCGGCGCUGCGAUCUAAUGUCUUAUUUCCUUUUAGACUUACCAGACUGUAAGAUCAGGAACAUGAUCUAGAAACAAUGUAAUGCCCGAGAGAGAGCAGAGAGGAGCUGUCUGUCUGGGUAGAGAACACUUGGCUGAUGCCUCCAGUGGAUGAAAUGAAAUGCAAUAAUCAGGAAGUGUUAGGGUGUGUUUCCCUCUCUAAUCACAUGAUCUUGCGUCAUACUCUGUGUAGUAAGUUUCUCAGUAUUUGAGGUGGUUUUCAUUUACUGGAAAGAAAUCGUCAGGAAACCAGCGUGUCGUCUUCCUGUCAGCGACUCUUCCCCCCCGUGCUGCUCUGAGGUCAGAGGACCACGCCAUGUCACAAAACAAGCGCGCCCCUCCUGAACUCUGCUGUGUAAACUUUCUCUCUGUCAACACAAGCUAACACGGCCGUCCUCCCCUCCUUCCUUUGUAUGUGUCCUUUCUCCCCUCCUUCCCUUUUCCCCAGGCACUUUCCUAUGAGAAGCAGUCUGAUUGACCAUGUGACACGUGUGUGUGGCCUAAAAUCAUGUGAUCAGACACUGAACCAGGAAGUGAAAAGGCUGCUUUUGGGGAAUUAGGGCGAACUACCUGGCGCUGCCGACAGAGGGUUCAGGUUCAGUAACUCUCACAGAUGUUCAUGUCAUCAGUUUCUCUUCCCGGUGACUCCUGUGAAGAGUUUCAUUCCGGAGCCGCUGGCAGGAGUGACUCAGCUCACUCUCAAAGAAAGGAAAACACAUGACCUGCUGUCCUUAUGUUUCCUAUCAGCUGGUUUUAAUCAUUCUGGGAGCCAAAACCUUCUAAUACAUUAGCGAAUUGUUCAUUUUUAAUCAGAUAUUUAAUCACUUUUAAGUAUUUGUGUGAUAUUUGUUUCUUAGGACUCAGAUAAACUCCGACAGUCCUUUCACUCUGAUCGGGUCGGGAGGGGGUGCUGUUGUUUUGCUGCACAGCUUCGGUCCGUAGUUAAAGAGCGAUACGCACCGGCAGCCUCUUAACGAACAUCGUUGGGAGUCGAUACCGAGGCAAAUCGCUGCAGUUCCCUCUAACGGCCACUAGAGGCUGGCUCCAGCAGUGAGUCAGUCUCCAUAAGGCCCUGUAUUAAAACGCCCAACUCACACUAUGGUACAAAGAACAGUUUGGGUCUCUAUAGCUAAUGUUUUUUUAAUGACAGCUGUACUGGGGGGUGACUUCUUAUUGAACUCACCUGUUUAAAUUAGAUUAAAGCUUAACAAUGUGUAGAAUUGAGGGCAUUUGAGUGACAGUAACCAGGCUUCAUUCAGCCCGACGUCACGGAGACUACGGACAGUUUUAAUUCUACAGUAUAUGGUCGAUAUCAGAAGUCAGGUCCACUUCUAAAAUCCCUCCACUUUGAGUAUGUAGUGCUCUACAUUUACAGAACGGAUGUUGGAAUGAAACUCUUCAGGGCUGCGCUGUAAAAGUGAUUGACAUGUCUCUGAAACAGGAACCGUCUUGUUUCACCUUCACCUGAGAUCAAACAGGGAAAAUAAAAAAAAGCUGCAUCUAAGAGACGAAGAGCAGCCCGACCUUCACGAGUGACUCUCGUCUCCAGAUCUCCAGUCGGACCGUAAACAGUCGGAGCAUUUUCUUUGUACACAGUCCGUUAUCUGCCUGUUUGACGAUAAGCAGCAGAACGGGGAGAAGAAAGGGAUCAUUUUUUCUUUUUAUGUCUUUUUAAUUUUACAGAUUUAAGUUAAUGUUUGUGUUGCUGCAGUUAAAGCGAUUAGAGAAAUGUUAAUGAUCACUAACCAGCUGUCCUUUAUACUCGCUGUGGCCGAGGCGCCCGGGGGAGGAGACGUCCUCGCCGUCGAACCCCCGGAGGUCCGGCCUCAGGUUUGCUGUGGAUUGCACUUAACAAAGUUGGCACAUUGACUUUGAUCCAGGUUGAGUUGUUACUGCAUACUGUCCACGUCCACAGUGACUCGCUGGGCGUUCCAACAUGAACCUUCAUGUUGUUUUAAUCCUGUUGAUUUUUGUACAUUUGUACAGAUGUGUUUUUGGGUUAUUUAGUUUUUUUUUUUUUUUUUUGCUGUACAGUUAUGAUCAGUUCUGAAAUGACGCUGUUUCAGGUCUCCCUGUGCUCAGCACUCUUCCUCCUCUUCCUCCUCCUCCUCCUGUCAGUCACAUCUCAGCAGCAUCUGCAGCUUUUCCUAUAAAAGGGUGGUCUUCCUCCUGAAUUCAGCAGACACUCUGAUGUCCACCAGUUAACCACAUCUGGAUUUUAUUGAUCCUUACUCCUGAGGGAGGGUGUCCUGGUCGAGGACUCGGGGUUGGAGGUUUGAACUCUUCCUGUCAGCGCGUCUACGUGCACUCUAGCAACCACUCGACUUUGGAGAAAGGCGAUUUCAUGGCCAUGAAUACGGGUAACCGGGUUUCUGAUCGGCUUUAUACACGUACGCGUGUGCAGGACAAAGACUGCAGACGCGGACCGCCUCUGGACGUCGUUCCCACAGAUCAAUUCAGACACUGUGGAGCCUCAUACUGUACCACAAACCAAAAAUACAGCAAACAGAAUGAGACAAAAAGCCGUGUUUUUACUGUAACUACAGAGCAUGUAGUAUCCUGGUUUCUCGAGUGCAUGUAAACGCAUCGUUUGAGCGCCACCCUCCAGACGUUCACACAUUCCUGCUGUUCUUCUCUUUAUUGUCCCUCAGUCAGAGCGGCAGUGCGUCCAGCUGGUUGUGUGUACACACUGUGAGCCUCCGACACCGACGACGCUGAUUCGGAAAAUGUCACAUGUAAUCCAAUCAUUAAAGGCAGAUGUCAUUAAAAACACAGAAUUAUUUAACUGUUAGAAUAAACGUCAAUACUAAAUAGUGACAGGAUUUAAAUACUAAACUGAAAUCAGUUUUAAGAGUUUUAAGUAGACACAAAUUUAAACUUCAUGCAAAUGUCCGUCCAGCACAACUAAACUUAAAGCUAUCAAAUAGGAAUCAAGUUUUCAUUAACACAAUGUAGUUUACUUAAGUUACAGGGCGGGCGGCCAGAUCCAAAACCAAACCCCGCUGUUUACAGCGUGGAUGCUCGCAGCGUUAUUGUUCUAGGCGGUUCUUUCACUGCAUCCAAUCUUGGUUAUCUCGCUUGUGUUGUUGUUCACACCCUGCGCGGCGGAUAUAAAGUGUGUCACUGUUUCAGCCCAUUGAGCAGCUUUAUUUUCUCCCGGUGCCGUACCGCCCGCUUCAGCCUCGCCGUGCCACACCUUUCCGCUGCAGGAAGCAGGAACACACGGAGCUGUGCUGUCGUGGCUCUGCUUCAGUUCUCAUGCGGCAAACUUUCAGAAUUAAUGGGGACAACAAAAACACAGCAGGGACAACAAAUGUGAUUGCAGACGCUGAGCUCAUGUUGGAAACAGAAAGCUAGAAGUUGACUCUUGAGUUAAAGUCGUCUGGCAGUUCCAAUGCGUCCACGGGCUGAGAAACAAGCUCCUAAGUGGAACCGGUGACAUGAGGGUUUUAUUUUUGUUGCUCACAGUGUGAACGCACACACCGGUUAGUGAGAGCGACGGGACUCGACUGCGUUUGUGCGACUUAAUUAGGAAAAAGAAAAGCUGCAGAUCCUGAGAUUCAGUGUGGAAACAAAAUAAUGAGGAGACAUCUUGGGACAGCUGAAAGCGAGAUCAUUGUGUGUUAUUGUGCGACCUUUAAUGUCCUCCCUCCGUCGCUGUUUGAUGGUUUCAUUUUUUUUUGUGUUUAGUUUUCAUUUUACUUCUUUUUUUUAAAAAGCUUCUAAAAAGGGCUUCAAUCAGAAUGUAACCCAGCAUAUCAUUGUUCUCCUUACUAAUUCCUCCAGAAACCUUUAGGUAUAUAUAUUAUAUAUAAAUAAUGUAUUGCUUAAAGCCGCA